UUCUUCCGGAGAGUCUCACAGAUGACUCACGACUUUGGCAUGCUCUUCCUGACGAGGUUGCCUGGUGUGCUAAGCCCUCUUGAGGCCGCACAUUCGGGCGAUGACGAAGCAUAUGACACGGCCUAUACUGCCCCCAUGACUGUGUUUCUCAUUCAUAUACCGCAUCAACUAUCCUGCCCAUUGGCCACCUGGUUGUGUUUAAGCAGACCUUGUUGAGGGCAGAGCACAUCUGACACCAAAUCAUACACCAAUCUACUGCGAGCCUUGUAGAGACGCAUCGCAGAGAAUAUCCACAAUAACCUACGCUUGUACUCCAAGUGCUGCGAAGAUCGGAAGCCAGCGGUUGACGUAUCCGAGAACAAUUCGAUCGAGAGCUCCGAUCUUAACGCCGCCGAGAUGCCGAAAGACCAAGGCAAGGUCCGUAAGGGCCAGGCACAGAUUUACACUCAAGACCCACCGUCACCAGCCUCUAGUGUCAAGUCAACUGUACGCUCAUCAACCAAGCCGGUUGUCCACAAGCCAAGCGGCCCAGUCUAUAUCGAAAGCUCGGAGGGUAAGGGCAACGGUGAUUACUACCGGUAGCCCCUGAUGAUGUUGGUGUCUGCAUGAUACUGGUGCACGACUUGGACGAGGUUCGGCAGUUUGCUGACGCGAGGCGUUUGUGUCGGUUUAGUCCCGUGGAAUAUACUGUAACCCAGAACGUAAUGUCCGGCAUUGACAUAAGGUUAGAUGGAGUGCCUCACCGGCAAUGUAUCAUAGGUUGGAAGCGCCUAAGCUGGUAAUAGUAGGGACUAGCCGAGCCCUCCAGAUCAAAAACCGCAUCUCGACGGCGGACAGUUACUUCGCGUAUCGGUGUAACUGCGUUCUUGACAACGGGCUACAUAGUUUGUCAG